CAGCAGGCAAAAGCAUCAUUCCAUCGAGAUCACUUGUUUUAGUCACACCUUGGAAAGGUCGAAAUGAAGGCGUUGCAAGCAAUCAUCCUCACACUAUUGGUCAUAGUACCAAGGAUAUCAACUGAAGAUACGAAGGAGAAACGUAGUAUCGCAGGGCAUGGGAUACAGCUGGCAGGAUACAAUAACCACGUUACCCAGCAGCAACAACAGCAGCUUGCUCGUCACUACAGUGCUCCUGUUGUGCAAGACCACUACAGCCAGCACGAAGUUCACCAUUCAUCUCAAUGGUCUCAACCUGAUGAACUUCUAAACAGCCAGCAUUAUGAACCACAUGCGGAACAUCAUAAACAUAGUCAUGAAUCAUUUAAAUUACACACGUCGGUUCGCGGGAUGGAAGUUCAGCAUCCUGGACAACACGAACAAAAUGACUUCGAGGCGGACGCUUAUGAGAAACCGACCCAGCACAAUAGUGCAGACUAUUCCUAUCCUAGCCAGCAUAUUCAUCAUCAGCACGGUUCUGUAGGUCAUCAGGAGCAUAGUCAAAACAACCACGUGGUCUAUCAUUAUUCCCAGCAACAACAACAUCAACAGCAAUACCAACAACAACAGCAACAACAGUAUCAACAGCAACAGCAGCAGCAACAUCAUCAUCAUACGCAACAACAGCAGCAAUAUGUGUAUGAAGCUCCAAAGGAAAUCAAAAGUGAGAUGCGGAUUCCGUUAGAAAGUCAUAAAUUCAGAUUCCCGGUGCACCACGAGCAGCAAGUUCCUGCGCACGGGGAGAAGCAGGUGCCCCACAAAUACGAACCGCCAAUGGCCUACAAGCUUAUGGUCCACAAGGAACCACCAAUGCACAAAGACAUCAACGUGGUUCACAUUCCGAAACCAGUCGCAGUUCAUGUCGAAAAGCCUUACCCAGUUUACGUGGAACGGCCGGUGGUUGUGGAGAAACCAAUCCCUCUGAAGGUGGUCAUUCUCCGCGAGAAAAAGAAGCCCUGGUGGGCGAAGCUGAUGUAAUUUAGUUACGCUCGUAGAUAUGUUGUAAUCUAGAAUUCCUAACUAUGUACUAAUGAAAUAAUAAAAACUAU